GCGAGCACGCCAGCGGGAGAGGAGUUGGGCUGCAGAUGGCGUUGCGGACAGUGAGAGCGGCUGAGAGAAACUGGUGCGAGUAGUAUAGUAGUGUGCGUGUGAUUCGUGAAUGUGUAGUGGAAUGUCCCAGCUGUUAAACUGAAGUUUUGAAUGAUAAGACAUGUCAGCUGCUUACUAUAUCUUCCAUCGUGCUGAGCAUGUGGAUGCGGUUUCUUAUUGGAUUGCUGAUAAUAUCCUUCGUCAGUAUAUUCUGAAUGCGCCAAAUAUUAUUAACAUCGUGUUCGUGUUUGAAGUACACACUGCAGCGCUUCCUGUGAUUUAUGCAUUGCACCUUGUGAUUGGCGAGAAGAAAACAUAUUCUGAAUAUUCCAUCCGUAAUGCUUUCUGUGCGGUAGGAUACGUCUGCGCGUCCACAGCUCAAUAA